GCUGAAAUUGCCGAGGGGGUAUGGUGCUGUACCAUAAAGGUGAAAGCACUGAUUAAUUCAGUCCUUUCUCGGACAGCGCUGGCCUGCGCAAUGCUGACUAUUUUUUACCCAAGAGAUGAUUUGUCAGGGAAACGUUUAUCAGAACUUGACAGCAGGAUUGUUAAUGCAAUUGCAGGUAAAGUUGCAAGUGGCAUUAGAAUUUGUAAACUGCCUUUUCAAAAAGACCUUUAUAGUUUUGACACUUACAAAUACAAUCCACGCCUUUGUAAGUUCAUGUGACAGAAUUUUGCGUAUUUUCUCUGUGAGGGGUGUUGGGUAUCGGUUGUUAUUUUACUGAUCAUCAUUAGACAGCCUGAGAAAACAGCCACUACCCAGAUCUGGGCAAUGCACUUCCUAGAUCUGGGUAGUGAUGUGUCACCAGUAUGGAAUUUCUGCACCCAUUUCUCAGACUUCAUUUCGCGGGGAAACCAGUGGUGGCAUCGUGGAAUGUCGACUGUUUUCUUAGGCCAGUCAUUAGAGAAUGAAAACAAACUGGGGAGAAACAAUUUGAUUGUUGAUCUGAACGGGUAAUCUCUUUAUAAGAAUUCAGAUGGUUGAUAGUGUUAUCUGAUAAAGUGAGCAACCAGGCCCCUUGUCUUUUUUUUUAUUAUUUAUUUUUACGAAUUCAUGUAAUCUCUUUAUUUUCAUGUUUUUUUUUUCAAGAAUUUGCCGUUGUCGCGAAAGUAACAGAGAGGGAGCCAAAACCUCCUAAGGAGGGAGAAGUUCCUAAACAGAAGAAAACUGUCACAAAGGGAGAUGUGAUGCAGGCAUUGCGCCAAAAAUGCAACCAACUGAUUUUUCAGACAAAUAGGCCCAGUUAUCACAAGGGUAAUUAA